UAUCAAAGACCACUUAACGGCCACAAAUGGCCUCUUCCUUUACCUCCAACACUCCGCAGCAAGUGCGUUUCGCUGCAGUAGCUCUCUGUAAGUCCCCAUCGAUUCCCAUUAUGUUCAAAUUCGAUUCUUUAUCUCAUUUUUUCACUUUAUCACCUCCCAAACAUACAAUUCGGCGGAGAAUAUCACCACCGCUUUGUGUAGUUGGAAAACCUCAUGUUAGCCGCACACAAGCAGAGAUAUUUACUACUACUACUACCGCUACUGAUCAUGAUAGUUCAACGAGAAAAACAUUUUUAACAACUAGAAGAGGAGCAACAGAUGAAAGGGUAUGUAGAAAACCUAAGAACAAACUUUCUGGCUCGCAAAUAGAGGAUGGAAAGAGGGUUAUAAAGAAUAAGAAUGCAGGAAAGGAUAUGGGUUUUAGAAGGAAAGGGAAAGUGGGUUCUGUGGAAACUACUGUAGGGGGUGAAGAUGAUGGUAUAGCAGUAAAAUUCUUGGAAUUUGUGGGCAGUGAAGUAGAUAAUAAGAAGAAGAUGGUGAGGAGCAAAAAAGAGAACGCUUAUAAUCAGGUGGGUCAGGAUAGGGGGCAAAAGGGGUCUAAGAAGAAGAAAAUUGAUGCUGCUGGAAGUGACUUGAAAUUUAAGUUUGAUAUGUGCUCGAAAAAUGGGGAUGUGAUUGGUGGAAUUCAAUUGUAUGAAUGGACUCAGAGAGAAGGAAUCAAGAUUGGGCAACACCACUAUUCUGUGCUUUUAUACCUUUGUUCCUCUGCGGCUGUGGGUGUUGUUCAACCUGCAAAGAGUGGAAGUGGUAGUCGGACUUUGAGUGCUCUAGAUGUGUCCGAUAAGGUAACUAGCCUGAACCCUGCGGAUUUAGUUGAGGUAACUGAUGAGAGUAGUAUGAAUUUGGGUGCUGCAGAACUGAGUACUUCAUUUUCAGAUAGUGAAACUAACAACAAAAUGGAAUUAGAUUCUAGAAGUACGUCGGAUAUAUUUGAUUGGUCUUCGACUCAAAAGCAGAACUUAGCUCAGUUUUCUAAUAAGUUUAGUAAGCUGAAUUCUCAGAGUGGUGAUAUUUUACCUUUGAAAGAUGGUUGUACUGAGGCUGACCAAGAAGAUCACGAAAUUCGGGUAAGUGAAGAUUUCAAAAGGUAUGCACUCCAAAAGGGAUUGGAGAUCUAUGAGAAGAUGGGCUCUGAUAACAUCCCAAUGAAUGAAGCAGCAUUGACAGCUGUGGCUAGAAUGGCAAUGUCAAUGGGUAAUGGCGACAUGGCAUUUGAAAUGGUGAAGCAAAUGAAGUCAUUGGGUAUAAAUCCUAGAUUGCGAUCUUAUGGUCCUGCCCUAUCUACCUUUUGCAAUAAUGGAGACAUUGAUAAAGCAUUUUCUGUAGAAAAACACAUGUUGGAGCAUGGUAUCUAUCCAGAAGAGCCUGAACUGGAAGCACUACUAAAAGUUAGUGUAGGAGCUGGGAAGGGUGAUAAAGUUUAUUAUUUGUUGCAUAAACUGAGAACAAGUGUGAGGCAGGUUUCAAAGUCUAUUGCAGACAAAAUUGUUGAAUGGUUUAAGAGCAAGGCAUCUUCAAGAGUGGGGAAAUUAAAGUGGAACGAGAGAGUGAUAAAAGAAGCAAUUGAAAAGGGUGGUGGAGGUUGGCACGGGCAGGGUUGGUUGGGUAGGGGACAAUGGAUAGUUUCACGUGCAGCUGUUGGAACUGAUGGAUUUUGUACAUGUUGUGGGGAGGAAUUGGCCAUAAUUGACCUUGAUCCUACAGAAACAGAGAAUUUUGCUGAAUCCGUUGCUUCUAUAGCGAUAAAGAGAGAGAAACAAUCAAGCUUCCAAAAAUUUCAAAAAUGGCUUGAAUAUUAUGGCCCUUUUGAAGCUGUGGUAGAUGGAGCUAAUGUUGGUCUUUUGACUCAGAGAAAAUUCAAGCCUUUGAAGGUCAAUGCUGUUGUUAAUGGAAUACGCCAGAAGCUUCCUUCUAAAAGGUGGCCACUCAUCAUUUUGCAUAACAGGCGUAUCACAGGAGACAAGAUGAACGAACCAAUGAAUAAAACUUUGGUUGAGAAGUGGAAAAAUGCUGAUGCACUUUAUGCAACGCCAACUGGAUCAAAUGAUGAUUGGUACUGGUUAUAUGCAGCUAUAAAGUUUAAGUGCUUAAUUGUGACCAACGAUGAGAUGAGAGACCACACGUUUCAACUUCUAGGAAAUGACUUCUUCCCCAAGUGGAAAGAAAGACAUCAAGUGCGUUUCAGUUUUUCUGAAGAUGGUCCAGCAUUUCACAUGCCGCCUCCCUAUUCUGUAGUAAUUCAGGAAUCAGAGAAUGGUCACUGGCAUAUCCCAAUAGCGUCAGAACAUGAUUAUGAAGCAGAGAGAGUGUGGUUGUGCAUUACACGUGCUAGCUCAAGCAUGGCUGGGCAAGGUUCUGCUACUAAACCUAAAGAAGUUCAACCUGCUGGCCAUGGAGAAAGACGUAGAAGUUCAAGUAGUGAAACCAAAACCAUAAUAAACUCUCGGGCAGCUGAUCAUGGCAUCGGCAACGAUAGACAAAGCUCACCUGAAGAAUUCUAUAAGAAUAUUAGAAGCCUUCUGUCUCAGUCUGUGUUACCAAAUCAAAACACAGUUUUAUCAGAAAUUGAAGCUGCCGAGGAACGUGGUAACUGUGUGAUCGAUUUUCAGAUAUAGCAGUAAAUGACUGUCUCGUUCAGGACACUGAUUGAUCCACUGGCGUAAGAAACAUCAACUCAGAAAUACCCUUUAGCAAUUUUACUGUCUACGAGCCUAUCAAUCAGGCUAAGAAAUGCAUAGAGGUCCUAUUUGGGAAAAGUAUUCUUCUAUUGCUAAGGCAACGACUUUUAUGUGCAGCAUUUGUUAUUUUACUACCUUUUUUGGGGAGGGGAUGGGAGCGAUCAGGAUAGAAUGCAUUCAUGUACCUUUGGCUGUAUAAUCCGUAUCGGGUUUAAGCUUAAUGCAUUUGAUUCUAAUGUACAAGGUUCGGCUGAUUUAUCCCCUUUUGUAGAGAAACAAAAAAUGAUGACCCUUUCAUAUAAAUGAAAGCUUCAUGGCAACAGUGUCAUUCA